AUGCCCCCUACUCAAGCAGAACCCCCCAAGAGACGCCGCAUUGGUGUGCUCACCUCCGGAGGUGAUGCCCCCGGUAUGAACGGCGCCGUGCGCGCUGUUGUCCGGAUGGCCCUCUACUCCGAUUGCGAGGCCUAUACUAUCCUGGAAGGUUAUGAGGGUCUGGUCAAUGGCGGCGACAUGAUCCGCCAGGUGCAGUGGGAGGAUGUCCGUGGCUGGCUUUCGUACGGUGGUACACUCAUUGGCUCGGCCCGGAGCAUGUCGUUCCGGGAGAGACCUGGUCGGAUGCAGGCAGCAAAGAACAUGGUCCUCCGGGGUAUUGAUGCCCUUAUCGUCUGCGGUGGUGAUGGCAGUUUGACCGGUGCUGAUGUUUUCCGCGGCGAAUGGCCUGCUUUGCUGGACGAGUUGAUCCAGAACGGCGAAUUGACCAAGGAGCAGGUCGAACCCUAUCGUGUGUUGAACAUUGUCGGUUUGGUCGGCUCUAUUGACAACGACAUGUCAGGCACAGAUGCCACCAUUGGUUGCUACUCAUCUCUGACCCGGAUUUGUGACGCUGUGGACGAUGUCUUCGACACGGCAUUUUCGCACCAGAGAGGCUUCGUCAUUGAAGUCAUGGGGAGACAUUGCGGUUGGUUGGCGCUGAUGUCCGCCAUCAGUACUGGUGCAGAUUGGUUGUUCAUUCCUGAGAACCCCCCUCGCGAUGGUUGGGAGGAUGAAAUGUGCGCAAACAUUGUCAAGAACCGGAAAGAGCGUGGAAAGCGUCGGACAAUUGUCAUCGUGGCCGAAGGUGCUCAGGACCGUCACCUGAACAAAAUCUCCAGCAAUACAAUCAAGGACAUGCUCACCAAGCGUCUUGGUCUUGACACCAGAACAACUAUCCUCGGACAUACCCAGAGAGGAGGAUCAGCAUGUGCGUACGACCGGUGGCUCUCGACUUUGCAGGGUGUGGAAGCCGUUCGCGCUGUUUUGGACAUGAAGCCCGACUCGCCUUCGCCCGUAAUCACCAUCCGCGAGAACAAGAUCAUGCGCACACCAUUGAUGGAGGCCGUCAAGGCGACCAAGGAGGUCACCUCUCAUAUCCACAACAAGGACUUUGAUGGCGCCAUGGCCCUCCGUGAUGCCGAAUUCAAGGAAUACCAUUUCUCUUACCGCAACACGGCCACUCCUGACCACCCCAAGAUGAUCCUCCCAGAGAACAAGAGAAUGCGCAUUGGUUUCAUCCACGUCGGCGCCCCCGCUGGUGGUAUGAACCAGGCUACUCGUGCGGCCGUCGCCUACUGCCAAACCCGCGGUCACAUUCCCCUUGCCAUUCACAACGGUUUCCCCGGUCUCUGCAGGCACCACACGGACGCGCCUGUUAGCUCCGUUCGCGAGAUUGACUGGCUCGAGUCGGACAACUGGGUCAACCAGGGAGGUUCAGAGAUUGGUACAAACCGUAGCUUGCCCUCGGAAGACUACGAGGGAACCGCCAGGUGCUUCGAGGAGCACAAGUUCGACGCCUUGUUUUUGGUUGGUGGUUUCGAGGCUUUCACCGCUGUCAGCCAGCUGCGCCAAGCUCGUGAGAAAUACCCUGCCUUCAAGAUCCCCAUGGUCGUCCUGCCGGCCACCGUCUCCAACAACGUCCCGGGAACCGAAUAUUCUCUGGGUAGCGACACUUGCUUGAACACCCUGAUCGACUUCUGCGACGCUAUCCGUCAGUCCGCCUCGUCUAGCCGUCGCCGUGUCUUCGUCGUCGAGACCCAGGGUGGUCAAUCUGGUUACAUCGCUACGACUGCCGGUCUCUCGGUGGGCGCCACCGCCGUCUACAUCCCCGAAGAGGGCAUCAACAUCAAGAGGUUGUCCAAGGACAUCGACUUCCUGCGUGACAGCUUCGCCAAGGACUACGGCACCAACCGUGCUGGAAAGCUCAUUCUCCGCAAUGAGUGCGCCUCGUCUACAUACUCCACCCAGGUCAUCGCCGACAUCAUCAAGGAGGAAGCCUGCGGCCGCUUCGAAUCUCGUGCUGCCGUCCCUGGUCACUUCCAGCAGGGUGGCAAGCCCUCGCCCAUGGACCGUAUCCGUGCCCUGCGGAUGGCCAUCAAGUGUAUGCUGCACUUGGAGAGCUACGCUGGCAAGUCGCCCGAUGAGAUAGCUGCCGAUGAGAUGUCAUCGACAGUAAUUGGUAUCAAGGGCUCGCAAGUCCUGUUCUCGCCUAUGGGUGGUGAGGACGGCCUCGAGGCAACGGAGACCGACUGGAAGCGCCGUCGCCCCAAGACGGAGUUCUGGUUGGAGUUGCAGGAAACCGUUAACAUUCUGUCUGGACGGACGAGCUUCGUUGGCGAGUCUGACGAGACGCUGUCGUAUUACAGUUAG